UGUUUUUCUCGUGUUUUUCUCGUGUUGGAAGAAAAAAGGCCGGAAAAUGGAUUACGAGAUGAGAAAUAUCAAAGACUUCCUGCAGCUGUACAACCGGAUCACGGAUAUGUGCUUCAACUCGUGCGUUGACAACCUCUUCGGCCGGGAUUUGACUCGCGAGGAGAUCUCGUGCGCGGAUAAUUGCGUCAGCAAGUUCACCAACGUUAACCAGCGGUUACUGCAAGUGUACAUGGGUGUCCAGACGGAUAUCAAUCAGCGAAGGAUGACCGAGAUGGAGGCACAGCAGGCAAAACUAUUGGCCGAAGCCCAACAACAGCAGCAGCAGCAACAAGCAACAGCAGAGACGGCCUCUCCAGUCGCGGCAAGCACCGAGGCGGCCGUAGCGUGA